GGCCCUGCAGGGUCACAGCGUCUCUUGCGGCGCUCGCCUGGGACCGCUGACCCCACCACACCCGCCCUGGCCUCUGAGCGGGGGGAAGCCGAGGCCCGCAAAGAGAGGGCACGAUGCUUGGGAGCUGUGCCAAGGAAGCCUUCUGCCUAGAAGCUCACAGGCCAUAGACAAGGAAGAGGAGAGCCCGUGUUUGCAGUCCGGUGCCCAGUGGCAGCCAGCUGCUCCAGGAGAGCCUCUGCCAGCCUAGUUCCUCCUAGGCAGGUGGCACUUCCGGCUCAGAACUGGACAAGCCUCGGGGCGCCACCACCCUCAAGAACCCUAGCCUAGGGGCUGGAAAUCUGCUCGGACCCCUACAGGACGGCUCUGACCCAGCUGCAGGGCCUGAUGGCCGGCAUCAACCGGAGGGGAUACUGCCGCGACAUCGGCUGCUCCCGACCGCGCCUACAGUCCAGCAGCAGGUCGGUGGGGAAACACCACCGCGGCCGGGACUCCUCCCACGCCCCGUUCCUCUCCCAGAUCCCCGGGACACCUCCACGCCCUCGGAGUCCCCACACCCCUCAGGGUUCUGCGGCUGUCACGGAACAUCGAGAGCCGGAGCCGCAGCUCGCCACGCCGGGUCCCCGCCGGGAUCCUCGGCGCCGCCGCGCGGCGUCUCACCUGUGCACGGCCCCACCUGCCCGUCGCCCGAAGAGCGGCUUCCGGCAGCGGAUUGAGCGUCCAGCCGCGUGCAGGGGCCAGGUGGAGGGGGCGGAACCGGGAGGGACCCGGCGGGCACUCCCGCGGCACUCUGGGAAAUGCAGUCCCGGGGGCGCCCCGGGCGCUGCCGGGAAGUGGAGUCCGGGAACGCGCAGCCGCCUGGGAAAUGUAGUUCUCGGUGCUCCGCCUCCCCGAGGCCUCAGGGGGGUACCGGACAGAGAGACCCCGUUUGCUCCGCCGGGGCGGAUGGGUGGUGGGAGAGCCGCGGAGGCCGCGUGUACGCGGAAACUCCGCAGCAUCAGAAAGGGGGAGCGGCAGGCGCCCGGCCGCGGUUGCAGGACAGCGACCGGCCGCGGGCCGGCCUCGGGGGCUGAGGCGCGAGCUGCGGGGUCCGAAGGGCAGACCGCGGCCACCGUCCUUCGAGCGCCGCGGGGACGGGCGGGUCUCGGACGUCCGGGUAUCGAGGUGAGAGGUCGCGUGGAGGCCCUCUCGCUAAAUGCAGAUAUUUAA